GGAAGCCCGGGCCUACACAUCUCCACAUAAACGCCCGGUGUGAGGCCUUCGUCUGGCCGUGUGCUGCUUGCUGGUCAAGGCCCUCGGUGCUCACGUGACUGCCGCGGCUCCCGCCAGGCCCGGAUGGCGACGCAGGGCCGUGUGCGCAGGCUCAGUGUGAGGCCGUCCGCGCGUUUUCCAGGAGUUGUCCAGAUGGAUGAAGACACCCAUUACAAUAAAGUUGAGGAUGUGGUUGGAAGUCAUGUAGAAGAUGCAGUAACAUUUUGGGCCCAGAGUAUUGAUAGAAACAAAGACAUUGUGAAGAUUGGUCUCUCGCUGUCUGAAGUAUGCCCUCAUGCUAACUCAGUGUUUGGGAGUCUUGACCCCAAGAAGAUUUAUGGUGGAUUGUUUUCAGAAGAUAAGUGCUGGUACAGAUGUAAAGUAUUGAAAAUCAUCAGUGAUGAAAAGUGUCUGGUGAGGUACAUUGACUAUGGCAAUACUGAAAUACUGAAUAGAUCUGACAUAGUUGAGAUUCCUUCAGAACUGCAAUUUUCUAGUGUUGCCAAAAAGUACAGACUUUGGGGAUUGCAAAUUCCUUCUGGCCAGGAAGUUACCCAGUUUGAUCAGGGACGAACUUUUUUGGGGAGUUUGAUUUUUGAAAAGGAAAUUAAAAUGAGAAUCAAAGCAACCUAUCAGGAUGGCACCGUCAUCGCUCAGGCUGAGUACGGCAGUGUGGAUAUAGGAGAAGAGGUGGCUAAGAAGGGAUUCGCAGAAAAAUGCAAACUCACCUCCGGCAAUGACAUCUGCGAAGAAAAAAAGUCAGAUCCUGCUCAGCUUGCUCUCAGGAACCUCAAAAACCCCAUUCCCUUAUGGGGGCAUAGGUCAAACCAGACCAAUUUGAGCAGGCCCAAGCCACGCUUAAGUGGGAGGCUGGCACUUGACUUGAAGAAUGAAAAUGAUACAGGAAGUCACAUGACAUUUACAAAGGAAAGUUUGGCCGUUGGUGACUUUAAGUUAGGGUCUAAUGUCAGCCUUGCAAAAAUUAAGCAGGAUCAGAAAUUGAUUGAAGAAAAUGAAAAACUUAAGACAGAGAAGGAAGUUCUUCUUGAAAGAUACAAGGCUCUGGAGUCAAAAGUAGAACAGACCACCCAGGAGCUGCAGCAAGAGAAAGCCAAUACCAUGGAUUUGACAAAACAUUUAGAGAGUACUCUGAAGACACGUGUAGGCACUAGAAUGAAAAAUCUGGCAACUAAGGUGGAAAUACUGAAGGAAAUUAGGCGUGUCAACACUAAUGUUCGUUUUGGAGAUGACCUGUCAGAAGCUAUGCAAGUGUUGGAUGAGGGGUGCCUCACUAUCCUGUCUUCUUUGAAUGAAUUAGAGGUCAUUUGGGCAGAAUACAGCCUAGCCCAGGAAAAGAUUAAAACUUGUGAAGAUGUGAAUGAAGGAAAUAUUUUGAUUGCUGAAAGAAAUGAAGUGCAACAGAAGCUAUAUGUGGCAGUAGAAGUUUUCAUUCUGGAAGUAGAUGAGUUACCUCUUAAUAAACGCUUAAAAACAUUGAAGGAUUUGUCAGCUGCCUUAGAAGCAGCAUACGGACAGGCCACUGAAGGAGCCAACUCUGAGGAUAUCCUUAGAAAGUUUUAUGACUGGAAGUGUGAUAAACGAGAGGAGUUCAGCAAAGUCAGGACUGAGACAGAGGCCUCUCUGCAGCGGCUGGUUGCCUGGUUCCAGAGCAGCUUACAGGUUUUUGAUCUGUCUGUGGAAGAACCACUGAGUUCUGACGAUACAGUUGAUAAUAUUGAUGAAAUCCUAGAAAAGACCGAAUCGUGUCUCUGCAAAGAGCUGGAGAUAUCCCUGAUCGAGCAAGGUGAUGCAGACAAGGAAAUAAUUUUAAACACGUAUGGGCAGGUGCUACAGAAGAUCCGUUCAGAGGAAAGGCUCAUUGCCUCAGUGCAGGCCAAGUACAAGGACAGCACAGAGUUUAAAAAGCAGAUCAUUGACUGUCUAAACAAGAGUCCCAGUGUGGAUCACUUGUUGUCCAUAAAGAAGACAUUAAAAGGCCUAAAAGCUCGACUAAGAUGGAAAAUGGUUGAGAGGAAUAAUUUAGAAGAGUCUGAUGACCAUGAUGAAUCUGAGGUUGAGAAAAUAAAACGAGAAAUAACUCAUUUGCGCAACAGUGUCUUUCAGGAAAUUUAUCAUGAGAGAGAAGAAUAUGAGAAACUGAAUAGCUUGGCACAAAAAUGGUUUCCUGAACUGCCUCUGCUUUAUCCUGAAAUAGGAUUGCUUAAGUACAUGAACUCUGGUGGUCUCCUUACUAUGAGCUUGGAACGUGACAUUCUUGAUGCUGAACCAAUGAAGGAACUUAGCAGCAAGCGUCCUCUGCUUUGCUCUGAGAUGAGUGGGCAGAUGAUUCUUUUAAAGGGUUAUUCUGUUGACGUGGACAUGGAAGCCAGGGUGAUUAAGCGAGCAGCUGCUUACCACAGAGCUUGGAGAGCAGCUAGAGAAGAGCCUGGGCUCCUGCCCCUGAAAUUCCUGUUUUUGUGCAAGUCGGACCCCAUGGCUUAUCUGGUGGUUCCUUACCAUCCUCGGGCAAGCCUGAGUGCUGUACAGGCCAUCAUGCCUUUAACUUCAGAGGAAGCUUUGAAAGUCAUGAAAGGUGUUGCCCAUGGCCUGCAUACAUUGCACAAGGCUGGCAUAAUCCAUGGAUCGCUGCAUCAGAACAAUGUGUUUGCUGUAAACCGUGAGCAAGGAAUUGUUGGAGAUUUUGACUUCACCAAAUCUGUGAGCCAGCGUGCUGCAGUGAACAUGAUGGUUGGUGAUUUGAGCUUGAUGUCACCUGAACUGAAAAUGGGGAAACCUCCUUCUGCAAGUUCUGACUUAUAUGCGUAUGGCUGCCUUUUACUCUGGCUUUCAGUUCAAAAUCAGGAAUUUGAGACAAAUGAAGAUGGAAUUCCGAAAGUGGAUCAGUUUCACUUGGAUGAUAGUGUCAAAUCGCUCCUCUGCAGCUUGAUUUUUUGUAGAAGUUCAGUGACUGCUGAGCAGGUUUUGAAUGCUGAAUGUUUCUUGCUACCUAAGGAGAAAUCUGUUUCUGAUGCAGAGAAAGAUACUGAAUGUACUCAACAUAAAAAGGAGGAAGAAUUAAAGAUGGAGAACUUGGACAAAUUUAAGGAAAAGACAAAAAAUGGUGAAGCCACUGUUGAUUGAUGAAGUAAUGUGUUACUACCGGUAUUUCAUUUCAGAGCUUUGUG